AUGAAGACAUUCAAAUGUUGUUUUAAAUAUCACCUACAACAGAAAGUUUUCAUCCUGUUUCUAACCCUAUGGCUAUUCUCCUUGUUGAAGCUCCUAAAUGUUAAACGAUUCCUCUUCCCUGAACGGGGCAUUUACUUGGUUGAGUACUCUCUGAGUACCUCGCCUUUUGUAAGGAACAGAUACACCCAUGUCAAGAAUGAAAUCGGAUAUGAGAUUAACUGUUCGGGUGUCUAUGAACAGGAGCCUUUGGAAAUUGGCAAGAGUCUGGAGAUAAGAAGAAGAACCAUCAUCGACUUGGAUGAUGACGAUGUUGUGGCAAUCACCAGUGAUUGUGAGAUUUAUCAGGCGCUACGAAGCUACGAUGAAAAGCUUGUUUCAGAGGAGGAGAAAAGCUUCCCGAUAGCCUAUUCUUUGGUUGUUCACAAAGAUGCAAUUAUGGUUGAAAGGCUAAUCCUUGCUAUAUACAACCAGCACAAUAUUUAUUGCAUCCAUUAUGACCAAAAAUCAUCGGAUACCUUCAAAGUUGCCAUGAACAAUUUAGCUAAGUGCUUCUCCAAUAUUUUCAUUGCUUCCAAAUUAGAGGCUGUGCAGUACGCACACAUUUCCAGACUCCAGGCUGAUUUAAAUUGCUUGUCAGACCUCCUCAAGUCUUCAGUUCCGUGGAAAUAUGUUAUCAACCUGUGUGGGCAGGAUUUUCCUUUGAAGUCAAACUUCGAAUUAGUGUCAGAGUUGAAGAAACUCAAUGGAUCAAAUAUGUUAGAGACAGUGAAACCCCCUAGCACUAAGACGGAAAGAUUCACUUUUCACCAUGAACUCAAACAGGUACCUUAUGAAUAUGUGAAACUACCGAUGAGGACGAACAUUUCCAAGGAGGCCCCCCCUCAUAACAUCGAGAUAUUUGUUGGCAGUGCUUAUUUUGUGUUAAGUCGAGCAUUCAUUAAAUAUAUUUUCAACAACUCCUUUGUUAAAGACUUUUUCGCUUGGUCUAAAGAUACAUACUCACCUGAUGAGCACUUUUGGGCUACCUUAAUUCGGGUACCAGGAAUCCCUGGGGAGAUUUCUAAGACAGCCCAGGAUGUGUCUGACCUGCAGAGUAAGACCCGCCUGGUCAAAUGGAAUUAUCUAGAAGGCCUUUUCUAUCCCAGUUGUACUGGCUCUCACCUCCGAAGUGUGUGUAUCUAUGGAGCAGCGGAACUAAGGUGGCUUAUGAAGUACGGACAUUGGUUUGCUAAUAAAUUUGAUUCUAAGGUGGACCCCGUCUUGAUUAAAUGCUUGGCAGAAAAGCUUGAGGAACAGCAGAGAAAGUGGAUCACACUGUCUUCAGCAAAGUUAUUUAUGGUUAAACCUUCCAUAACCACCUCGUGA